AUGAUUACUUUAUUUAUAUUCAAUAUUUUUUGUUUUUUUUUUAUUGGCUUUUGCAUCAUUGUAGAAGGGAAAUCAUGCAAAUUUAAUAAAAAAUUAAUAGUAGAAAGGCAUGAUGAUUUUAGAUUAAAACAUAAUGCAAAACCGUUGUCCUGCAACUUGAAGAGAUUGCACAAAAAGAAGCCAAUUUGGUUAUUUUAUUUUUAUAUAAAAACAAAUUCAGAUUGUGUUCUAACUUCAAAACAAAUAAACACAAAUUAUUUUAAUUUUUUUAAAAAUACUGAAAUUGAAUCAGCAGUUAAUAGAUGGUAUGAAGGAAUUAACGAUUAUGAUUUUGAACUAGGUACCAUCAGAAGGAAUAAUAAUGUUUUUGAAUUUACUCAAAUUGUGUGGAAAAGUGUAGAAAAUAUUGGUUGUUCUACUGCUUGCUGCAAAACUACUGGUAUUCUAAUUUGUAAAUAUGAUAAUUAUCCAAAUAAACCAGGUUAUUUUUCUGACAACGUUGGCGCUAUUGAUACAAUAUUUGUUUUUAACGAUUUAAAGGCUGAAAAAGAAAGAAAUGAUUAA